AUGUCAGCUCUCAAAGGUGCCUCAGCACCGAUUUACUUCGGCUCAUUCAUCGUCACCCCUCAGGUCUUUUUGACAACACCCCUGUCAUUUGCUCUGGUGAACUUGAAGCCGAUUCUCCCCGGCCAUGUCCUCGUUUCGCCGCGCCGCGUCGUCCCCCGAGUAACGGACUUGACACCAGCAGAAACAAGCGACUUGUUUCUCACCGUGCGCCGAGUCGGCCGAAUGGUCGAGCGCGUCUACGGGGCCUCUAGCUUGAAUAUCGCCGUCCAAGACGGCGUACAUGCUGGACAGAGCGUGCCUCAUGUCCACGCACAUAUAAUUCCGCGCAAGGCGGCUGAUUUGGAUCAUCGUGGCGGCACGGAUGCGGUCUACGACCUACUUGAUGGUGAUGAAGGGGAUCUAGCUAAGGCGUUCAAAGAUACAGGGGCUCGGGAUGCGGACCAGGCUGGCAAUGAGUCUGUUGCAGGGACGGAAUCCGAGAAACGAAGGUCCCGAUUCCCCGUUGUGGAUAAUGACCAAAGACGUCCUAGAGGGGAGGAAGAAAUGAAGGCUGAGGCUGAGAUGCUAGCGCGGGAGAUGGAGAAUGAACCUCUUGAUUAA